AUCAUUUUAGCUCGUUUCUUAUCAAAAUUCCGAUUUUUUUCGAAAAUAUUCGUGAAAUUCGUGCGCUUUAUAACGUUUCUGCGAUAAUUAAACGUUUAAAAUUGAAUAAAUUUAAACAUUCAGAACGAAGCAUUCAUUCCAAGGUUGUACGUAGUCCAAAACAUCAGGAUCUUCCUCACCCAAAUCUGAACAUCUCGUUCGCGACCUCCUCUCAAAAUGUCUCUACUGUUCAGAAACAUCACACCUAGACUUCUUUAUAACGUAGCUUCGUUGAAAUACUCCUCAAAACCACCUGAUCAAAAGUGUGGCUUCGAAACAGCCAAAAAAAUCCAACAAAAAACUCCAAUAGAUAAAAUAGAAUCACAAAAACCCGAGUCUCACGGAGAAUCGGAUCCGUUACCACCGUGGCCCGACAAUACGAACCCCAAUACGGGCGAAGUAGGAGGUCCUCGAGGUCCAGAACCGACCAGAUUCGGAGACUGGGAACGAAAAGGACGAGUAACGGAUUUCUAAGCCAUUAUCGAUUACGAUGUGAUUGUAAAUAAAAUAAACUUCGGAGUAGACUAAUAAGACCUCUUUUUGUUGUAUAUUAUGUAUACUUUCUAUACAAAUAAAAAUCUUAAAACAACUA